AUGCGGAAGAUAUUGAUGCGGUUGCGCAUCAAUAAAACACAGGAUAAGAGAGACGAGAAGAGGAAUCGGAACCCACGAGAAUGGAGGUUAUCGAGUCCUGUUCGAAGAGAAAAGCCUUACCAUUGACGAAAUCGAUAACGUGUCCAUGUAGUAGAAAAUACGCCAAGAGAUACGUGCAGCCGCCACGUGCAAAGUCCUUCGCGCCAGAGCAAUUGUACAAGAGCCCGUCGGGACGACUCGAGACCAGCACGACGUACCAUCUGUCUUAUCUGAAUGUCGACCCGGCAGCGGCAUGUCACGCGCGACCGCAACCUAUUCGUCCGGUCCGUUCUCUCGAGAAGAGCACCGGCCGGUUUUUCGAUGAUACGACGAACAAAUUGUCUUACAGGCCCUUGUGGCAGAUCGUUAAGCGGGAGCCGAUCGUGCCGAAACGUAGACCGAUGACCGGUCUGGGUGCGAUGGAGAAUGUCACGACGGUCCGUCGCGAUUACGUGGCGAAGCGCGUGGACAGACCGGAAGCAGUCGUACCCUGCGGCAACAUUCGCACAAGCUCGGCGCCGUUGGAGGAGAGGACGAUGACGAGGAUGUGCUACAUGCCUCCAGGACCUAUGGAGCCGAGGGUCAGUUUCAAACCGAGGCUGAGGUAUCAGCCGCCGAGUCAACCUCUUCCCGACGAGACGACGCAGAAACUGAGCUAUCAGCCCUUCGUCAUCGGUAAGAAGGAGUCAUAUCCUUGGGCGAGGAAGCCCAUGUACAAGCGACCGAUCACCGCGAUGUGCGGCAAGACCACCUACUCGGAGAGCUACCUGGAGAACGACGCGGCAGACGCGGCGAAGCCGAUCCUGCCGGCCGCGACGUACAUAUUCCCCUACGGCGCGGAAUUCGCGGGCAAGACCGUCUACAAGGAAAGCUACUUGCCGGGCGAAGGGGCUCGCAUGGAGCCGUUCGUUCCCGCCGGCAGUAUUUCCAUACCCGACGCCAAGAUGCUCACUGACACGACCAACAAGCUGAGCUAUCAGCGAGUCUGGACCGAGAAGCGCGAGCCGUUCUUGCCGCAGCACAGGAGCGCUCUCGGGGUCGGUGCGAUGCAGUCCGAGACGACGAGCCGCAGCGAGUAUGUGGCGAAAACGGCGCCCCGGCCAGAACGGAUCGUCCCGAGCGACAAUAUUCGCACGGCCGACGGGCCGUUGCAGGCCGACACGACCACCGCGUUGUCUUACGUAAAGCCCGGCGCCAUCAGGCCCGUUCAUAGUUACAAGCCCGUCAGGGAGUAUUGCAGGCCGCACGUUAAAUUCGACGCCGAGACGGUAAAUAAAUUAUCCUAUCAAUCGUGGGCGCCACGGUCUAAAGAAGAGAUCCCGUGGGCGCGAAAGAGCAAAUAUCAGCCUCCCCUGCAUCCGAUGACCGGCGACACGAUCUAUCACAUGAGUUACCCGGCACCAGGUCACUACGUCGAGGCCGAUGAGGUCGAGCAGACGUGCGCUUGUCCCAACGACGAGGAAGAUAACGUUUCGUGUGCUCCGGCAAGAGCGGCGUCUUAAAUCGACCGCGUUUGUAGCGAGAGUCAAUCUCAAGGUUGCCGACAAUAUCGGCCGAGGUUCCGAGAUUUCCUCCGACGAGAACUCGAUUGCGAAUAAAGUAACAUUCAUAGUGACAAACAAAGAAAUGUCUCCUUAAAUUCGCCAUCAGAUAUAAUCCAUUAUCUGCGGCGUUAAAGUUCUGCAGGAAGAAAAAAGAAGCUAUCAUACAUGCUGCUCGAAAUCGUAUACACCCAAAAAAAAAAGAAAUAUUCUAUUUGCAAAAUGAUUUUUCCCACAGUCUCAUAUCCUAA